AAAAAAAAAAAAAAGUGAAGUCUUUACACAAACAUAAAGGGGUUAUGUGUGCUGCCCUUUGAGAAGUUUGUUGAUGAAAGGAGAAAGGAAGUAGUAGCACCAGAGGAAAAGAUCAGGGGUUUACCCUGUUCUUACAGGAAAACAGCUCCUUGCUCUUUUCAGCUAGCUUUUCAAAGGAUAGGGAUAGGACAGCUCCCUGCCCUCUUUCGGAUAUUUGGAUCUAUAACCUCCAGAAAUUCAGGCUGAAGUAGUUGGAGGUGGGAGAGGAAUGAGACAACUGUCUGGGUGGGGUCGGCCAGCCAGACACUGCCAGGAUAGCCACAAGGAGACAUAACUUAGAGGAAAGAGCAGACAGCAACCACAUUGGACUCGGGCAGUCCUGGGUUUGAAUCCUGUCUGUGUCACCACCUAGCCUGAUGACCUUGGGCACAUCCUGAGCACCCUGUGCCUUAUCUGUAAAAUGGAAACAAUUAUGCCGACCUUUUAGGUUGGUUUUGAGGAUUAGAGACUAGCUCCUGACACACAGUAGGUAAUCGUAAAUUGGUGCUAUUAUUUGGCCCAACCCACGUUAUAGGACAGAACGUCUAACGGACGGGUCAGAACCUGCGCCUUCUGGAUCUUGGAGGGUACAGAGGGCGCCCCUCGGCCUCCUCCCUUUCGGAGGUGGGGACAAGGUGGAGGAAGGGCUGCAGGAGGAGGAGCUCUAGCAUCGCGACCCGCCCCGUCCCGUCCAGUCUGGCCUGGGCGCUGCGGGAACGCUGUCCUAGCUGCCGCCACCCGAACAGCCUGUCCUGGUGCCCCGGCUCCCUGCCCCGCGCCCAGUCAUGGCCCUGCGCCCCUCACUCCUCCUGCUCUAUCUGCUGCUGCUGCUGCUGCUCAGUGCAGCGGUGUGCCAGGCUGAGGCUGGGUUCGAAACUGAAAGUCCCGUCCGGACCCUCCAAGUGGAGACCCUGGUGGAGCCCCUCGAACCAUGUGCCGAGCCAGCUGCUUUUGGAGACACGCUCCACAUACACUACACGGGAAGCUUGGUAGAUGGACGUAUUAUUGACACCUCCCUGACCAGAGACCCUCUGGUUAUAGAACUUGGCCAAAAGCAGGUGAUUCCAGGUCUGGAGCAGAGUCUUCUAGACAUGUGUGUGGGAGAGAAGCGAAGGGCAAUCAUUCCUUCUCACUUGGCCUAUGGAAAACGAGGAUUUCCACCAUCUGUCCCAGCGGAUGCAGUGGUGCAGUAUGACGUGGAGCUGAUUGCACUAAUCCGAGCCAACUACUGGCUAAAGCUGGUGAAGGGCAUUUUGCCUCUGGUAGGGAUGGCCAUGGUGCCAGCCCUCCUGGGCCUCAUUGGAUAUCACCUAUACAGAAAGGCCAACAGACCCAAAGUCUCCAAAAAGAAGCUCAAGGAAGAGAAACGAAACAAGAGCAAAAAGAAAUAAUAAAUAAUAAAUUCUAAAAAACUU